AACGACCUGUGUGACAUUGGCAGUGGAGGCGGAGGUUCAGGUGUCAGCGCCAGAUGAGCGCCUCCCUCCCCAGGCGAUCGCACGGCCCUCCACGCACACGCGCAUACGCACUGCCGAGUGGUGAAAGUGACAGACCAACACGUGACCCUGUGCCGAGUACACCGGCGUGGUCACGUGACCGAGUACAGGUCGGAGCAUCUGCCGGUAUAAAUGGUAUGCGGACGCGUUUAGGUUUUCAGUUGUUGUGGAGGAAAAUGUGUGAGAAGAUGUGGAGGUGCCUUAUCCUGAUUGUGCUGGCCACUCCCGGUCUGGCCAUGGAGUACAAAUACCCUCCGCCAGAGCAGCCGCUGGUCCUGCCGACCCCUCCGCUCCCGGGCAGCGUCGAACAGACACCGGCACCAACUGAGGGGCCGCCAGCAGCCACUGGGGGAUCUUCGGCACCCACAGAGGGCCCGCCAGCACCCAGUGAGGGACCUUCCGCACCCACAGAGGGACCUUCACCACCCUCUGAGGGACCUUCAGCACCCAGUGAGGGCCUGCCAGCACCCAGUGGAAGUGGACCCACCCCGACUGGGGGACAGACGUCCCCAACAGAGGAGCAGUCGACUCCUACCGAGGCCACAAAGUACCAGUACCCGCGACCGGACCAGCCGCUGGUCCUACCGAGUCCAACGCGACCGGACGACGCCGAGGGUCCUGGUACUGAGGGGCUGACAGCAGCCACGGAAGGAGGUCCAGGGGAGACUGGGGUGCAGCCGUCACCAGCUGAGGGGCAACCGACAGCCAGCGAGGGACAGUCAACAGACACUGAAAACGUCCCUUCCCCGACUGGCCCUCUUUCCCCGACCCCGGCCGGCCCUCCAGCCCCAUCUGGUCCCGAAGCCCCAACCAACUCUAACGCUCCCGCAAACCCGCAGGCUCCUUCGCCCAGCGAUCCGAAGCUGCCCUCCCCCGGCGACGCCUCCCCGAUGCCCCCGGUCGAAUCGAUAACCCCACCUCCAGUCGGGCCCGACUCGAGCAGCAAGCCCACGUCAUCGGGGAACACCGAGCGACCUCCGCUGGAUUCCGGGGACCAGGAAGGCCCGCAGUCGCCGUCGCCGCCGAGCGGGGGUGACCCCGGCACAGAGCACGGCCACCACGGCGGUUCAACGGACCCCCUCCAGUGGCUGAGGGAGGCCGUGCCGGGGGAGCCCGGCGUCGACUACCCCAUCUUCAGUGCCGUGCCGCCCACCGCCUUCAGCUGUGACGACAGAACAGCAGGCUACUACGCUGACGUGGAGGCGCGCUGCCAGUCGUUCCACGUGUGCAGCCCCCCGUCCGGUGGAGUCUCCUCCAAGCACUCCUUCCUCUGUCCGAACGGGACGGUGUUCAACCAGCGCGGCUUCGCCUGCCAGUGGUGGCAUGAUGUUGACUGUGAGUCGUCUGAGGAGUUCUACGACAAGAACGAGGCCAUUGGAGUGGUGCCGGAACGGCCUGCCGGGCCGCCAGCGCCGGCGUCAUCGACGUCAUCGGCACCGUCAUCGACGUCAUCACCGGCGUCAUCUGGAUCGGCACCGUCACCGCCAUCUCCGAUGUCACCACCGCCAUCGGCGUCAAUGGAGACGGAACAGUCAGCUCAGCCGCCGAGGACCCCGGCGGAAAUGUCAUCAGUUGUGCAGCAGCCUUCAGUGCCAUCGGAAACUUUGGGGGAGACGGAGCCAGCGGAGUCGGCAGAAACUUCACAAACAGCACAGCCAGCACAGCCAGCAGAGUCCGCACAGCCACCUCAGACGGCACAAACGGCACAGCCAGCACAGCCUGCUCCACCAGCACAGCCAGCAGAGUCCGCACAGCCACCUCAGACGGCACAAACGGCACAGACGGCACAGCCACCUCAAACGGCACAAACGGCACAGCCAGCACAACCUGCUCAACCAGCACAGCCAGCACAGCCAGCAGAGUCCGCACAGCCACCUCAGACGGCACAAACGGCACAGCCAGCACAGCCAGCAGAGUCCGCACAGCCACCUCAGACGGCACAAACGGCACAGCCAGCACAGCCAGCAGAGUCCGCACAGCCACCUCAGACAGCACAAACGGCACAGACGGCACAGCCUGCUCCACCAGCACAGCCUGCACAGUCAGCACAGCAGCCUCAGACUAUACCAGACCAGUACAUACCUCCGCCCCAAACGCCCCCUGUUGUAGCCCCGUCCGGUCUGUACGGCCUGCCCGAGAACUAGAAAUGAUAAAUUGUGCCAUUUUCACUUUUGACAGAGCCAUAGUUAUGCUGAUAUCGGAUCACAAUGGUUUUGAUAGAAUUGCGUUUUGCGAUUUAUCGAUAAUUACGUGUGGAGGACGCAGUAGAUAGCCAAGUUUUGUUCGAAGAAGGGCAUUAUGUCAACCUCUUUUAUGGCAUUAUAUCGCGGUGCUCAACCAUAUUUAAGUCCACAUGAAAUGUUUGCAUCGAAUAUACAUCCGUGUACCUUCAUAGUUUAACUAUGUACCUGUCUUCUCCAACCCCUAAAAAAUCAAGAAGCGAUCAUGACAGAAAGCGAAAAAGUGUUACAUUGUGUGGCAUGGGUACUUCAUACCAGAUUUAUACCUAUUUUAUUGUGGCAUGUCAAUACAAAUAAAUGUAAAGGCAA